CAUAUACCACGCCCGUGUGGUUGCUCUGCUACGACACCGCUCCAACGCCAUCCCUGCCUCCUCCUCCUCCUCCUCGAGCUGUCCUCCCUCUCGUGUAGGCGUCGUACCUGCUGAUGGCCGUGCAGGCGCAGUACCUCGCCCACGCCUUCCCCCAUGACUCCCGCGCCAUUAGUGCAGCGAUGGACAACGCGAAGAGCGCGUCGGUGUUCCUCGGCGAACCCAGCGGAGGCCAUCUUCUAGCCGCCGCGCUGCAGCAGCAGCAGGCUGCGGCUGUGGCUGGCAAAACGGUGUUCAGCGAUCCGCGCAGCGAACUCACCUGCAACAACAACAAUCACGAUAUCGGUUGCUUCAUGCCGAGGAAGCGCGCGCGGACUGGCGACGUGGUGGGCGCCGGCUUGAUCAUGGAGGGGCACCGCGCGCUGCUGCCGCAGGCGUUCGCGCCCGCGGAGGACGUCCAGAGCAGUGUUCUCUGCUCUGGCGCCGCGUCCACCAGUGGACGCCCGGUCGGCGCUGCGCCGGUGUCGCACGGCAACCUGUCGCAUCUCUACCGGCACACCGUCGAGAUUGACGCGUUCAUUCGAAUCGAGAAUGAGAGGCUGCGGGCGGGGCUGGAGGAGGCGCGGCGCCGGCACGUGCGGGCCGCGGUGUCGGCAGUGGAGCGCGCGGCCGCGCGGCGCCUCCGGGCUGCAGAGGUCGACCUGGAGCGCGCGCUGGCGCGCAACGCGGAGCUCGAUGACAAGCUCCGGCAGAUGGGCGCCGAGGGGCAGGCGUGGCAGGGCAUUGCCAGUAGCCACGAGGCCGCCGCCGCCGGCCUCCGCACCACGCUCGACCAGCUCCUGCAAUCGCCAUGCGGCGGCGCCGAGGGCGAGGCCGAGGACGCGCGGUCGUGCUGCUUCGAGCAGGAGGAGGGCGCCGACGACAGGGCCAGGACGAGGGCGUGCAAGGUGUGCGGCGGGGCGGACGCGUGCGUGCUGCUGCUGCCGUGCCGGCACCUGUGCGUGUGCGGCGGGUGCGAGGCGGCCGUGGACGUGUGCCCCGUGUGCGCGGCCACCAAGAAUGCCUCCCUCCACGUCCUCCUCUCCUGACCUGAUCGACGCGGCAGGCCAACGUAUAGAUUCGGCAGAUCGUGGAUUCCAAGGUCGUUUCCACAAAAUAGCCACUUUCCUCUAUUUUUUCUCCGCCCCUGUUUAGAUAUUAGACCUCAUCAAUCGGUGUUUUUUAUGGGUUGUCUACAAAGAGACUCAAUCUGGGGCUUUUUUCGGUGGUAAAGGAUUGGAUGGGCGGAGUUGUUGAAACGGUGAAUAGAUUUCUGAAAUUUGUUCCUUGGAAGCAAUCCAAUUUGUUCAUCUCAGCGCCUCCUUUUGUUCACAUGCGUACGGUCGUGCGACUAUACACUUAAAAAAAUGCCAUUUGCAACUUUCUCUGACAAAAGCACAAAACGGGGAACCAGGGAGCGAGAUUAUCAAACUGUCCAAUCGUCAAAGGCACAAAAAUCGUGGUCGAAAGUUUUUUUUUUAGAGAACACGGCUUGGCGUGUUUUUGCAUUAAGAGGAAAGAAGCAAGAUAGUAGUACAGUUUACUGAUCUCAUCCGAUAGGAGCGGUCGAAGAACAGGAAACGGAACGAUUACAUGAGAGAGGCAACGGGGACCUAAAGGUAGAACUGAAGAACUCCAGCAAUCGAUUGUUCCAGGCCAUGAUCCAGUAGCAACCCUCUUCCCUGAUCAGCAAACACAAGUCUAUCGGCAGUAAGAAAGUGUGAUGGAAAGUCCAUUUGUUCCUCUCAUUCCAGAUGUGCCAACAACCUAGAACGAAGAGAGAAUCGAAACCACACCUCAGGUCUUUCGGGAGUUGUUUAUGGGUCGGUAACAACCAAUCAACAAGCUCCAUGACAGCCAACGAAGGGAAGCAUUGAAGGCUAGCCGAGCGCAA